UGUAGUGUGAUUGGUCUGUGUGGGAUACUCGUUGAAUGUAAUUUUAGUGUUACUGAUAUAUGUCGAUGAGAUAAAAAAGGGUCUCUGCCGUCACUUCCUUUAUGUAAUCUUAAUCCGGAUACUACAUGGGAUUGUAUCAUUAGCACCGUGUGCUGUAGAAUAGGAGCAAUCUGCAGUAGUAACUAUUUGACCUUGUUCAAGGAUGGCAACAUCUUCGAGAAUCGCAUCAGUUUCGACUAGUUUGUUAAAAAACAAUCAGUAUGGAAUUUCUUCCGUUGUUGGCAGAGCAAGCUCAUGGUGGUCUCACGUAGAAAUGGGCCCACCAGAUGCUAUUUUGGGAGUUACAGAAGCAUAUAAACGAGACACCAAUCCAAAGAAAAUCAACCUUGGUGUAGGAGCAUAUCGAGAUGACAAUGGAAAACCUUACGUCCUCCCAAGUGUACUGAAGGCAGAGGAACGAUUGAGUGCAAAGAAACUGGAUAAAGAGUAUGCACCUAUUGCUGGUAGUGCAGAGUUCUGCAAUCUGUCAAUUAAUUUGGCACUAGGAGAAGACAAUGAGCAAUCAAAGAAUGGCCUGAAUGCCACACUACAAGGGAUUUCAGGUACAGGGUCUCUGAGGAUUGGUGCAGCUUUUUUGGCAAAAUUCUUUCCCGGAAACAAAGAAGUAUAUUUACCAACACCAUCAUGGGGUAAUCACACCCCAAUCUUCAAACACUCAGGCCUCAAUGUGCAGCAGUAUCGGUAUUAUGAUCCGAAGACAUGCGGGUUUGAUUUCCAGGGGGCUUUGCAAGAUAUUGCGAAAAUCCCAGAAAAGUCCAUCAUCUUGUUCCAUGCCUGUGCACACAACCCUACAGGAGUGGAUCCCAAACCCGAGCAAUGGGCCGAAAUUUCCAAAGUUGUUCAGCAGAAGAAACUAUUUCCAUUUUUUGAUAUGGCAUAUCAAGGAUUUGCAUCAGGUGAUGUAGCAAGAGAUGCCUUUGCUGUUCGACACUUUGUGAAGAACGGUCACGAAAUUGUUUUGACGCAGUCUUAUGCCAAGAACAUGGGACUCUAUGGUGAGCGAGCAGGAGCAUUUUCUCUCAUUACAAGCAGCAAGGAAGCAGCCCAGACCACACUUUCACAGCUCAAAAUCAUUGUCAGGCCCAUGUAUUCCAAUCCACCCAUUCACGGAGCUCGCAUCGUAACUGAGAUUCUCUCGGAUCCUUCGUUGAAGAGCCAGUGGCUACAAGAUGUAAAGGGUAUGGCAGACCGUAUCAUAUCUGUACGAACACAGCUACGUGAUAACUUAAAGAAAGAAGGCUCACAGCGUGACUGGUCACACAUCACAGACCAGAUUGGUAUGUUCUGCUUCACAGGCAUGAACCAGCAGCAGGCUGAACGUCUUACGAAGGAUUUCAGCGUUUAUUUGACCAAAGAUGGCAGAAUUUCCAUGGCUGGAGUUACAUCAAAGAAUGUUGAUUACCUUGCACAUGCCAUACAUGAAAUUACCAAGUAAUUGAAUCCACUCAGCUGACAUAGCAUGUACAUGUGAGUGUUUCAGAAUUUAAUGAAUGUGAGAAAUGUGUUAUAGUUUUUAAUAAGUUUAUGGAAUGUACAUGAUGAUGUUAAAAUGUGAGAUUAAACAUAUAUUUACAU